AUGAGGUCCCUCGCUCUAUAUUCGAGCUGCCUAGCAGCGCUUUCGAGCUUCGCCUGCGCCGAAUUGAACCUCUCACAGCCGUUGCUGUCGAAGCAGGUGCUCCCCAGCACAUUCAAGCCGUCGCAGGUCUUCAAGAACGUCAACUUGGUUCGCAACACGAACCUGGACAAGUCAUACCCGAGAGAAACGAUCAAUGUUAUCAUAGAAAACAUUGAUUCCAAGCCGCAAUCGGAAUACUACCUGCCAUUCGAGACAAGCUUGAUAUCGAGAGUCGGCGGGUUGGAGGUCAAGGACAAGAAGGACGCAGACAAGGGCUCCUUUAAGGUAGAGGUCGUAGGGCUUGAUGCCCAGAGUUCGACCGAGUUCUAUUUGAUCCACCUCCCCACUCCCCUCGCGCCCAAGGAGCAACAAACCCUCAGCAUAUCAUACUCUGUCCUCUCUGCGCUCGCGCCGGUCCCUGCGAAGAUAGGUCAAUCCGAGAAGCAAUACGUUCAAUACACCUUCAGCGCUUAUACGCCGUCCGCCUACGUCACCGAGAAACAGAAGACGAAGCUGAAGUUCCCCAGUGGUGACGUUCCCGACUACACGACCCUUCCUGCCGAGCUUAACGCCGAAAAGAAAGCAGACCCGCAGAAGCAGGGCUCGACUUUCACAUACGGGCCGUAUAACGAUAUUCCAGCUGGUGCUGAGCAGGACGUCAGCGUGCGCUAUGAGUUUACGAAGCCAAUAACCCAUGCUUCGCUUCUAGAGCGUGAUCUUGAGGUCUCGCACUGGGGUUGCAACUUGGCCUCGGAGGAGCGCUAUUGGCUCGCCAACCAGGGUGCCGAGCUUAAGAACCACUUCUCCCGCGUCGAGUGGCAGAAGAAUCAGUACCUGAACCCUGCUUCUUCAGCGUUGAAGGGGCUCAACCUUCCCUUGCACCCCGGCGCCGUGGAUGCAUAUUUCACCGACGACAUCGGUAACGUGUCCACCUCACGCUUCCGACCCGGCAAGAAGGAGAACCUGUUGGAAUUGAAGCCUCGCUACCCCGUUUUUGGAGGCUGGAAAUACAGCUUCCGGGUUGGCUGGAACGCCGACCUUAGCACCUACUUGCGCAAGCUUAGCAAGGGCGACACCUAUGUAUUGAAGGUCCCCUUCCUUGAGGGUCCCCGCCUUCCUGAAGGUAUCCAAUAUGCAAAGGUGCAUCUUCGCGUCAUUCUUCCUGAGGGCGCCACCAACGUCAAGUACUCUACCACCGUGCCGCUGGUCGAUAGCAAGACGAGCAUCCACAAGACUUUCAUGGACACAUUGGGCAGGUCUACUUUGGAACUGCAUGCCAUCAAUAUCAUGGACGAGUUCAGGGAGCGGGAUCUGAUUGUAACGUAUGAUUACCCGUGGACUGCAGGUUACAGGAAGCCGGUCGUCAUUACGCUCGGCAUGUUCGCCGUUUUCGUAGCGACCUGGGUACUGGGCAGCAUGGACACAAGCAUUGGAAAGUCCAAGAAGGCUUGA